AUGUGAUGAUGAAGACUAUCUUUUUGGAAUGGAAGAUGUAAAAUGCCUCAGGCACCAGAUCAUCGGAACUGAUCGCGAUGGACCCGUUGAAUGAACCCACCUGGUUGUAUGAAGUAUUCCGUAGAGGCUCCUGCAUUUGCAUCCUCGCGACGCCGUUAUGGAGACCAAUGCUCGCUAAUUAGUUGCAUUGCUGUCUUCCUAUGGGCUGCAACUCCUCCUGCAUCUCCGACUAUGAACGGUUCCCCUCAAUUGCUGCAAGCUGCGCGCUUCGCAGGGUCCAAUCAGAAAGCAAUGUGCGUUGCCCGUCACACCUCGUCACUUUCAACGAACUCCAUCUCGCAGGUUCUGUUGAUUUCUCCUGUCGGUGGUGGGUAUUCAGUAGUCUCUCAUUUUCUUCUUUUUCAGCUUCAGCCUGUUGACAUUCUUCGAGUCUGUCUUGCCGUGUCUCUGUUGAUCCCGCAAUUCCAGCUUCUCCUGUUUCAGAGUAAAUCCAGACCCUCCCGGACAUUGGCGGGGCGCUUGACCCAGACGACGGCCUGACAGACGCCAUUCCUGGUGAAUUGAUUGACUGGUUCUGUACUUUCAACCCGCCGAGCUUGUCUGGAGAAAAAGUGACAAAGAGAAGAAAAAAAAAAAAAGAAAAGAAAAGAAAAAAAAAAGGGAAAAAGCAACCAAAGCCGGAGGGAAUUUUCUCUGUGAGAGUCAGAGAGAGAGAGACGCCUAAAUCCACCAGGGAAAAGAAAAGAGAGUCAAAAACGCACCGCCGGGCCAGCCCAGCGCCUACUUUUUUGCUA